AUGGUCACAUUCCCCACGGAUUUAUCGGCGAAGAUUGGAUGCUACGCCGAAAACGGAGACGAGCUGCCAGCGAGUUAUCUAGCUAUUGCCAAAGAUUAUCCGAGUCACAAGGUAUACACUGUGCAGAACUUAGCAGAUGCUUCACCACCGUCUUCUUUUGAUUCUCUUUUCCUAUGUCCUGUGACUGAACCAGUAUUUCAACGAUUCUUGGAUUCGGCUUUUAUAGCUUUGAAAAAUGGUGGACGGCUGCAAAUCAUGUAUGAAAUAGAAGUUAUUGACGGGCCACGUUUUGAACGUAUGAUCCGUUUGGUCGGUUUUACAGACAUUGAAUGGUAUCGCGUUGAGUGGACCUACUUCGCAGCUGCGCAAAAACCAGACUUUGCCGCACAAUCGGUCUCUCUCAAAUUACCUACUAAGAAAAUUGCCAUGAAUUCAUCUGACUUGAUUGACGAAGAUGCUCUUUUGGAAGAGGAAGACUUCAAAAAGCCAACGGCACAAGAUUUGAAAGCAUCUUGCGGAGAAGCUGAUGGAAGCGAAAAGAAAAAGCGGGCGUGUAAAAACUGUACUUGUGGAUUGGCAGAUCAAGAACAAACCGAGCGCCUAGAAGCUGCCAAGCAGAACAAAGGAUGCGGUUCGUGUGCUCUCGGUGAUGCUUUUCGUUGUGCUACGUGUCCAUAUCUUGGAAUGCCUCCAUUCAAACCGGGCGAAAAAGUUCAACUUGCAAAUGUAGACGAUUUUCAGAUU